AUGAAAAAAGAACUGGUUUACCUACUACUGGCAAACAUAUCCGUCCUAACGAUAGUCCUAUACACUACCUUUGAUCUGUUGACUUUGGCUGUCGACGACACUUUUAAAGACGCAUUCACAGACCAUGAAUUGAAUCCAGAACACUACAAUACAAACACUGAUACUUCAAACGUUAACUCAACUGCACUAAAUAAACCACAACUAAUACCAAAAAUCAUUCAUCAAACUUACAAAACUGAAGAAAUUCCAGAACAUUGGAAAGAAGGUCAACAAAGAUGUAUAGAUUUACAUCCAGACUACGAAUAUAUACUUUGGACCGAUGAAAUGGCUUUACAGUUUAUUAAAAAUGAAUACCCUUGGUUUUUAGAAACUUUCAAAAGUUACAAAUACCCAAUCGAAAGAGCUGACGCAAUCAGAUACUUUGUAUUAGUACAUUACGGUGGUGUCUACAUAGAUUUGGACGAUGGCUGUAACAGAAGAUUAGAUCCUCUGUUGACUGCCCCUGCUUUUGUAAGAAAAACUUCUCCAACUGGUGUUUCAAACGAUGUCAUGGGCUCCGUUCCAAGACAUCCUUUCUUUUUGAAAGUAUUAAAUUCUUUGAAAAAAUACAACAGAAAUUGGUUUGUCCCUUACAUCACCAUCAUGUCCUCCACUGGUCCUCUGUUCAUCAGUAUCAUCUGGAAACAAUAUAAAAGAUCGGUGAAUUAUGAUGCAAACGAAAACAAUAUCGUCAAGAUCAUACAACCUGCCGAUUAUAAAGGUCAUACCUACUCCUUCUUCAAGAUCUCCAAGGGUUCCUCUUGGCAUUUGGAUGACGCUGUCUUCGUUAAAUCAUUGGCUUCCCAUAUAUUAGCUUGUGUCGCCGCUGGUUUCAUCUUCGCUUUCGGUGUUUUAUACUGUGAAUACUUAUUCUACUGUUGGUUAUGUUCAAGAAGUAACUCCCAAAAGGAUUUGGAAAACGGUCCUGGCUCAAACUCUGGUUCUGGUUCUUCUCCUUCUUCAAGAUUCUUCUUGGUUAGAUGGUUCAGAAAAUUCUGUAAUUUGAUUUCAGACCAUUUCCAACAAAGUGGAUUAAUUUCCAAAGACGAUGAUUAUCAUAAAAUUAUAAACAAAAAUACAAAUGUAGAAUUGGAAGAAAGUCCAAAAAAGCAAAGUCCUCAAAAGAAAAUAACUAGUACAAAACCAACUACCAAUAACGUUGCUAACAGUAAUAUAAAUGAUCCAAAUUUGAAGAAAUAUAAAAGAUUAAGAAAAGAUUCAAAUUUACCUUACUUAAAUUUGCUGGCAGACUUAGAGAAAAAUCACCCAGAACUAACAGAUUUAAGUAAAUAA